AAUUGUUUCCUUUCACCUUUGUUUAUCUUCUCAACAAGUUAAAAUGGAGUUUGCAGACCUCCUUAUCAUCUUUUCAGCCCUUUUCUUUCUUCGUUUGUGGUGGCGACAUUUGUCUGAAGUCCGCCGUGGCGCCAAGACCCAGCUGCCACCAGGACCACCGGGCUGGCCCCUUGUCGGAAACUUGAUCCAGGUCAUCCUCCAACGCCGCCAUUUCAUCUUUCUAAUACGCGAUUUACGUAAAAAAUAUGGUCCAAUAUUCACCAUGCAAAUGGGUCAACGAACUCUGGUGAUCGUCACUAGCUCUCAGCUUAUCCACGAAGCCCUCAUCCAAAGGGGACCUGCAUUCGCCUCCCGCCCGGCUGAUUCUCCCAUCAGACUAGUCUUCAGCGUCGGGAAAUGCGCCAUAAACUCCGCCGAAUACGGGCCUCUCUGGAGAACCCUCAGGAGAAACUUUGUCACUGAGUUAAUAACCCCAACCAGGGUCAAACAAUGCAGCUGGAUACGAAAAUGGGCGAUGGAAUACCAUAUGAAAAGGAUCAAGAACAUGGCCGCCGAUAAUGGGUUCAUUGAGGUAAUGAGUAACUGCAGGCUCACCAUUUGCACUAUCUUGAUCUGUUUGUGUUUCGGUGCAAAGAUAUCUGAAGAAAGAAUCAAGCUUAUAGAAAGCAUUUUAAAGGACGUAAUGCUGAUGACAUCGCCUCAGCUCCCAGAUUUCUUGCCGAUUCUCACUCCGUUAUUUCGCCGCCAAAUGAAGGAAGCAAAACAGCUCCGGAAAAGACAACUGGAUUGCUUGGUUCCUCUCAUAAGGAACAGAAAAGAUUUUGUCCAAAAAGGCGAAAACCCUAAUUCGGAGAUGGUGAGUCCAGUGGGUGCAGCUUAUGUUGAUUCGUUGUUCAGUUUGGAACUGAACGGUAGAGGGCAGUUAGGCGACGAAGAGAUCGUUACAUUGUGCUCGGAAGUGAUAAGCGCCGGCACUGAUACGAGUGCAACGACCGUUGAAUGGGCGUUGCUUCACUUGGUGUUAAACCAAGAGAUUCAAGAGAAGUUAUAUAAGGAAAUUGUCGAUUGUGUUGGAAAAGAUAGAUUGGUUGAAGAAGAAGAUCUAGAGAAAAUGGUUUAUCUUGAUGCUGUAGUCAAAGAGACUCUCCGGCGACACCCUCCGGGGCACUUUUUGUUGUCACAUGCGGCUAUAAAGGACACGGAGCUGGGUGGGUACACCAUUCCAGCAGGGGCUUAUGUGGAAUUUUACACUGCGUGGCUGACUGAGGAUCCGGAUAUGUGGUCGGAUCCGGGGAAGUUCCGACCCGAGAGGUUUGUCGACGGGGAUGGGGUGGGUGUGGAUGUGACUGGGACACGUGGAGUGAAGAUGGUGCCAUUUGGGGCUGGGAGGAGGAUAUGUCCAGCGUGGACUUUGGGAAUGUUGCAUAUUAAUUUGUUGCUAGCUAGAAUGGUUCAUGCUUUCAAGUGGUUGCCGGUUACCGGAGCUCCACCCGACCAGACUGAGACCUAUGCUUUCACUGUUGUCAUGAAGCAUCCUCUCAAAGCUGUUAUUUUGCCUAGAUAAUUUUUUUUUUUUUCAAAAGAUUUGAUUUUUUUUAACCUAUAUUAAUUACUGUUAUUAAAGUAUAUUUAUGCUCCUUUAAUUUUUAUUUAGGUUAUUUGGACUUUUAAUAGAGCAUCAAUUAAGCAUUGUAGUUGUUAA